ACCUCCCCCACCGCCCACCCAUUCCUCUCCGCCGCCGCCGCCGGCACGCUCCCCAAACCCCGCCUGGCGGCCUGGCUGGCCCAAGACCGCCUCUACAUCCACGCCUACAUCCGCUUCAUCGGGGCGCUGCUCGCCAAGCUCCAGCUCCCUGUGCCUGUGCCUGUGCCUGUGCCUCACGCAGCCCAAACCAACACCAACACCCACAAUGCCGUACAAAACACCCCCGCAAACAACACCGACCAAAACGAAACCCCAACCCUCGAAUCCCAAACCCUGCACACCCUCACGGCAGCCCUGACCAACAUCGUCCGCGAACUCGACUUCUUCGUCGCCGUCGCCGACGAAUACGCCCUCGAUCUGAACACGCCGUUCCAGGCCCCCCACCCCGAACCCGGGGAAGCACCAGCACCAGCACCAGCACCAGCAGCACCAGCCGCCGGCACCUUCACCGCCUCGCCCAUAACAACCGCGUACACGGAUCUCUUUAUCUCGGCGGGAUCGGCGGGGACGUCCUUGCUAGAGGGGUUGGUCGUGCUCUGGGCGACGGAGGUGUGUUAUCUGACCGUGUGGCGGAAUGUGCGGGCGGCGAUGCCACGGGAAAAGAACCGGGGGGAGGAUGCGGAUGGGGGUGCGUUGCGCGAGAAGUUGAUCCCCAAUUGGACGUGUGCCGAGUUCGAGGAGUUCGUGGAGGGCAUUACGCGCUUGGUUGAUAAAGUGGCGGAGCGCGAGGUGCAGCGGAGUUCGGCGGGCCCGGGGAAGGCGUGGGAGGAGGUGCUCGAGCGGUGUGCGCGGUGGUGGAGGCAGGUGGUUUGGUUGGAGGGGCAGUUUUGGCCGGAGGUUUAG